AGCCUGGUGCAUAUAGUUUAAAGUAUUAUUAACAUUGUUAUUGUGACAUCAUAAAACAUAUAUUGUCACCCUCAUAAAGGAAAAUCACAAUCAACAAUAUUAAAUAUUGAAAGAUCAAAAAGAUACAACACCACCAUGGGAGAUGUCUUCCAAGAGAAGGCAGACAGGGAUCUGUUUUUUAGCUCAUUUGGAGCGGAUAUUGGGUCUAGACUUGAUCAACUUAGAUUUGAAUUCGAAGCGAUAGAAAAUGGGACAAUACUAGAAGAACCUGAAACUGAAAUUCAACAAACAGAAAAAAAAGACACGAUAGAUGAGGCAACAGAUGGAAUUACACUGGAAACCAAAGUGCAAGGAGAAGUGGAAAAGAAUUCUUCAAAUGACUCAAGUCCAACUAAAGAGCCAAAAGAAAGAUCCCGAAUGUAUUCAAUGACAAUACAGAGAGCGUUCUCAACUGUCAGUUUAAUGACAAAUUUCAAGUCAAGCUUCUGGAAAAACAGACGUGGCAAAAAUGACAAAAAGUCAUCGCCAGAUUCUAAUGGUAGAACAAGGCGAUCUUCAACAUCCUCAACACCAGAAAAGAACAAUAACAGAGAGGUCCCGAUCAUCAAGGUUAAUGGAGGAGAAUCAGAAGGGAGACAAACAAUAUACUCAACAGUACCAAGACCUGGCAAAAUGGUGAAAAGAAGUAAGACAAUGUCACCAUCAAAAUCUCAACCAAUUGACGAGUUACCUAAUGAAUUGGAGACAUUAGAACGAAGCGAAUCUGGGAAUGUUUUCGUCCCUCCAGUGGUCGUCGAUGGGCAAUUAGUGUAUGACUACCAGUAUGCGUCUCCGCGGGAUGGUUCCCCAGUACAGAAGUCACCGCAGUAUACAGGAGCGAAGUUGCGACGUCGUAACUCGCUCUCACGUUUCUUACGCUUGAGGAAAAGUCCGCACAAAUCGCCAAAGAAAGAGAAAAAAAACACGACCCCGAUCAAACAACUUUACGAAAAGACUGUCCUAACAGCAAGCACUGAAGGCCUUGACGUAGCCGGGGUAAAAGCAGACAACACUCCUACUAAAAACACUACUGAAAAAGGUGUCAAUGGCACAGCUAAGAGUGACAUAAAAGACACGCCACCAUUGGCAAAUGGCGCCACAAAAUCGGCACCUGCCACGCCAGUCAAAGCAACUUAAUUUACUAUAUUGUAUAAUACAGACAAGACUGGCUUCUGUAUCAGUGCUUCAGCUUCGAGAGACAAGCACAAAGGCACUAAAAAAUUAAAAUAACGGUUCCAUACUUUGAAUAUCAAUAUCGAUACUUAUCCGCCAUAUAGGGUGUCCAUAAAGACCCUUAACAAUUUCAAUUUUGUUAUGAAGUCAGUUCUCAAUAUAUCUUAACCAGGUUUGUUGUUAUUCAAUCAGUAAUUGUUUAAGUAUUUUUACACCUUUUAAUACAUCUGUGAGGGCCAAAAGAAUGUAUGGUAUCGAUAAAUGCCCUUUCUAAUUUUGAAAAUUUUAAGACUUUAUGGACACCCUAUAUAUUAAGAACUUUGAAUCACACUUUGUGCUUCAUUUCACAAAGCUAGACUUUUAUUGAAACAAAUGUGAGAUAUUUACUUUCUGAAGAGCCUAUUGGCUUUCUUGUUCAGAAAAAAAAAACUGUCUAAAUAGCUUUUACUGAAUGAACUCAAUUCAACUCCCCAUAAUAAAGACAGAAACAAAAUAAAUUCUCCCUUGGGAACUAAAAGAUGACAUUUGAACUUGAAGAAGACAACUGGCAUUAGGCAUUGUUAUGCGAUAAUUAAGAUAGUGAUGUCACACUAGAGUUCAUAAAUACUAGAUAAGUGGGAAUUACCCUAUGCCAAGUAUGAACCGUGGUUAAUAUCAGAUAUCGUGAAAUUGAUGAAAAUAAAAUUACAGAACCACAACCUACUGUGGGGAGACAUCAAAACAGAUGGUGUGAGAAUAUGGAUGCUGAAAUUUACUUCCGACAAAAUUGAGUGUUCCCUUUUGAAAUUAUUUCCAUUCCACUUCGAACACAAGCAAUUGGUUUGAAAUACAGUAAUGAAAUUACUUAAUUAUGUUUGGUUCAAACGGAAAAUAUGACAGGUUGCAUUUUACCGUGGGUGCAUAGUUUACCAUCCCAAUAUCAAUAUUAACUGAAAGAGUUUAUAUGACAAUGUUUAUGAGACUGUAUGAAUGUUUGAGAAUGGAAAUAUUUAACAUUGACUGGUUGAUUUUAUAGAAUGGUUUUAAAAAAUGGUUCUGGGUAUGAUUACUAAACUAAGAUAGAAUAUAGCAAGGGAAGAAACAUGAAAAAACUGUUUUAAAAAAAAGGAAUGUAUUUUUUUGAUGUUCUUUAUCUUGAGACCCCAGAAUGAGUUGAAACAACUACUGUAUAUACUAUUGAUUUGGUUUCUGUUAGAUCAGUGAUUCCCAAACCUCGACCGCAGACCAUUACGGCAAGUGUAAUGAAUUAUUAUGGUCCGCCAAAUUUAAAUAAAAUAGUUAUCACUUUAUCUUUUUUUAUUUUGCUUUCUAAACACCGUCAAUUGUUAGGUCAUAUCACGGUUUAACAUGUGUAUAUUCGCAACAAUUCAAUUAUAACAGUAUGGGCCACUUGCGGGCGUUUCCCUCUCACAGCCCGCAAAUAACCUUUCGCUUCUAAUUUUGGCACCCGGUCAAUGCAAUGAUGUUGUAGCAAAAAUGAAAAUGACUGUUCUAAGUGAUUCAAAGUUUUGUCUAAUGUUCCCUGAGUAAGAUGAAACGUUUGAUUUAUUCUUGUUACAGUACAUGCAGAUCCGUUAACGCAAAAGCAGAGAAAAAGGAAUAUGCACGCUCCUUUAAUCUACAUCUAACUAUAGGCCUAGUAAUAAUAAAAGUAGCAAAUCUUUACAUUGAAUAUGUUCACCUAUCAAUAUGUUCAAACUCCAUUUCUUGUAUUUCUAAUUGUAAAGAACUUUUUAAAUAAAAUAACAUAAAGAUAA